UGAUUGGAGUAACCAUAUGUUCAUUUCACUGAAGACGUUUGUUUAGUUUGCUGUCUGGUCGGGAGAUGGCGUUGAGUUUGAAAACAGCUGAUUGUAUUCGCAAAUAAGAACGGAAUACUCUUUCACCAAAAUGAAUAACUUUGCACUGAACUUUAAGAAAUGUACUGUAAAGAAAGUAUUUACCCUGGAAAGUCCGCAUAUUUAAUGAGAUCAAACAUGUAUAUCCAGCUUCAAGCACGUUUAUUACGUACUAGUUUGUGCAAUUUCGCAUACGAUAUCGUCGUCGGUGAACAAACCAAUCGGAUUUCCUCCUCCAUUGGUGGGAUUAAAUGUCAAGAGGUGUUAUCGUCUUUGAAUACAUAUUGCCAUUCUUGUCCUUCACGUGUGCAGACUAGGAUGGCAAAAGCUCGGAAUGAAAAGCGUAUUUUUCAGUUAAGUGAUUACGAUUGCAUUGGCUUUGAUCUUGACAAUACAAUAUGCAGAUAUAAACUGACACAAAUGGUGAAAUUAGAGUACGAGGUUUUAGCGAAUUAUUUAGUGACGCAGAAGGGCCAUGAUGCAGAAUAUUUGUUGAAACCACUGGAAAGAAGCACUGAUUUCCUCCAGAAGGGCCUUGUAUUUGAUUUCUAUAAAGGAAACAUUCUGCAAUUAGGAAGUGAUGGCUUCAUAAAGAAAGGUAGUCAUGGUACUCGUUUUAUGUCUGAUAUUGAAAUACAAAAUAUUUAUGGAUCGGAUAGAAAAUGGAAUGCAUCAGUAGCAUUUUGCCAGGACAUGCUAGUAGCAUGGAAUGGGCCUAUGUCAGAGAGAAUCAGAACAGCAUCUGAUUAUUUUGAUAUGCCUGCAGCAUUAGCAUUUGGAAGAAUAGUUGAUUCUCUGGAUUCCAGGGAUGGAAAUAAAUUGGAAUUUUAUAAUGUAUGGCCAGAUGUUUUGGAUGGACUUAUAUACAUGUUCAAAAGGGAAAACUUCAAUUCAAAUGAGGGAGGAUACUUUUCAGCAUUGAAAGAAAAACCAGAAAGGUAUAUAAACAAGUGCAGCAAUAAUGUUAUAAAUUGGCUGCAACAGGUUAAGGACUCAAAAUUAGUAUUCCUCCUGACAGGGUCUCAUGUUGAUUUUGCAUCCUUUAGUGCCACAAAUUCACUUGGUGCAAAUUGGAGAAAUCUGUUUGACAUAGUGGUGUGUUAUGCACGGAAACCCGGUUUCUUCACUGGUGCAAGGCCUUUCUUAAAACUGGAUGGAAUUACAGAAAUGGAUCCUAUUGGUAGUGAAGACUUAGAUUUAGGAAAUAUCUACAGUCAAGGUAAUUGGCAAGAUCUGUAUCAAUUCCUUGCCAAGAAGACUGGACUCCAGCAGCCAAAGUGUUUGUAUGUGGGAGAUAAUCUCAUCCAAGAUAUAUAUGUCCCGUCAGAAUAUACAAAGUGUGAUGCAGUUGCAGUGGUAGAGGAAUUGGGUGCGGAAGGAAUGAAUGGUGUUGACAGUUAUUUUCAUAAUGAUGCCUCAGUCAUCGUUUCAAAUUGCUGGGGUUCGUAUUUUGGAACCAAAGAAAAACAGUGUGAUGGGAGCAGCUUCUGGGGGGAAGUCAUAAAGAAGCAUUCUAAAAUUUGUGUACCAGACUUAGAUGUGCUUGCCAACCUACCCUUAACUCAUGAGUUUCAUACAUUUUCCCAAGGGGAUGAUCAGUCUGACUUUUUAGGUUAUUAUCCUGGUUGCCCAAAAAGUUUCUGGCAGUCACCUUAAAUUAAUAUAUAUAUGCAGUUGAUUGUGCAGGAAGUUUCAUGAGCCAUAUUCAGUCAGAAAAGAAAUUAAGAUUAAAAAUUCAGAGUACACAAAAGUUUGAAAGGUGUUUUGAUGCCACAUGCUGUUUGAUGUUAUCACCUUAAACAUACAUAAGAAUAACAAUCAAUAACGGUAAGAACCCACCAUUUGCUCUGUUUACUCUUUUUAUAUACUCACAUUUUAAUUUGUGGAAAUGAUACAUUUACAGACCCAUGCAUACAUGUCCAUAGAAAUACAGUACAGGUAGGCCUCGCUCUAUGACACUUCAUUUUACGCUGUUUCACUUUAACGCCCUUUUAAAAUAAUGAAAAAAAAUAUAAUAAGAAAAUUUGAAAACACAAGCGUAAACACGGCACAGGAAGUGGGUACCUAGGUGGCGCUAGUGUUGGCAUCAGUUGCUUUCUCCUCGUCCACCAUUACAUUAUAAUUCUUCCUCGAUUUGCACCGCUUCAGCUAACGACCCUGAGGAGGUGGAACGUAACUCCGGCGUAAAUCGGGGCCUACCUGUACUUAAUUUUUUUUAGAGUGCUCAACAAUUCACUUCCUUGAAUAGGAUAGAUUUUCUGCAGAAACUACCAUAGAAGCAUAUUGUAAUAAAUUAAUUUAGGUAGACAAGCCACUGAUAGUUUGCAGCACAAAUAGUUUCAUUAGUUUAUGGGUAGGUGGCAGCAUGAAUAGUUUGUAUGAUCACUGGUAACAUCAUUGUUGAUGACAUUGGUUGUCACUGAGGAUCAUGCAUAUUGGCUCUACUGAGUGUGGGGAAUUAAAAAGUACAUGUUUGAAGUAACCACCAGUAGCAUACCAAAUUUCAUGAAGCCAUUCUGGAUUGAGAGAUUAGGUUUUCAUGCUGGCUAGUUUGAGGAUGACUAUCUUCUCUCAUGUUGCUCCAUGUGGUCUGAUAGAAGUUUACCCUGUUUAAUAGGUGCUUACUUCCUUCAUCACCAGGCAGUGAUGGAGGCUGUAAGAAUUCUAAGAGUUUUGUUAUGGACGUGAUUGUAUUUGGUAUGCAGUAUUCUUAAAUGUCUAGAAAUGAAUAGAGAUUCAAUGUCCCAUAGUAUAAUAUACACUUGCACCUUGCUUAUGAAUUGAAUCCAGUUUCUAUAUGUAGCUAGAAGUGUUGACUUAUAUUUUAAAUAAUUACCCGUUUCUCAUUUAAAUGGUAAAGUAUUCACAAUAAGGAACCCUCAACCCUUAAUGACAGAGGCAGUAUGUUCCAUUGAAAUGGUAUCUGUUCACAAGUCUGUGUAACAUUACUACCCAGAAGACCAACAUUAACACUGACAUCUUCACUGAAGCAGGAAUCCCAAAUAUGAUGUAGGAAAUUUCUUGUUGUUUUUUGUACAGUUAUACAUAAUUUGAGGUAAAAAUUAUGUCCCCAUUGAAAAUAGUAUGUGAAAUCUUGCUCUGAGACCAUUGGGAAUUUUGAUUGAAGAAUGUUCAGAAAUACUUAAUGCAAGAGGCCACUGAGGUCAGCUUCAACAGAAAUAUGUGAUUACGCUAAAGACAAUUCUGGAUUCUGGCUACCAACAUAUUUCAAUGAAUGUGAGCCACAGAAACAACUGUCAUCUAUGGAAUGAAGGGUUUAAUGUAGCAAACAUCCUAGAUAGUUGAGGUUAAGUGACAUCGUGAUGAGUCAGUGACUGCCUCUGCCCACAAUUCCAUAUCGGUCCAUCUCGGAGACACCACGGUCUGAGACAUGCUUUGUUACUCAUCACGUCAGUCUAGGAAGAUAGGGGCAAGACAGCCUCUGAACAUCUGAACAUUGGAGACCUAUUCUAUACUCACAUGACUUAUUACAAAGUUAGAUGUAAUUGGAUGUGAAAAGUAUAUGACUUAUGUGUUUGUAAUGUUACAAUAACAUUGCCCUUCAUAACUUAAGCUACAAGAGCUUCAUGAAGGCCUGUGUUUUUAGCACUGAAUGUAAAUAUAAAUAGAAAUGAGACAAUGAACAUGUGCAUACAUUUGUUGUAAAUAUAAAUCCUUCCCUUGUGA